AGGACCUCCACUGAGAAAGACACAAACUAUCAAAUGUAUUUCCAAUGAUCCUCCCAGCCUCACGUGGUGGAACUGUUCCUUUCCAAGACCUAUAAAGCAACGCCAAGAAGAAAGGAUGCCCCAUUCCCUGCUUCACCGAUGCAUUUAACAACAAUGAAGGCGCUUCUGAUCUGCAUGUUGGCUGGAAGCCUCUUCAUACAGCCAACUGGUUCACUCAAGUGCUACACAUGCAACACACAGCUCAACAACGCCAACUGCCAAGCAGCAGUCAAUUGCAAGGGAAAUGAAAACGCCUGCAAGACAGAUGUUGUUGGUGUCGUCGGCCUUUUCAACGUCAUCUCUAAAGAGUGUGCUUCAUUGUGUGAACCGUACUUCAAGGACUUCACCGUGGGCAGAAGGAACAUUUCGUGUUGCGCGGCUGACCUCUGCAACACCAGUGGGGCCCAUGGCUUCAGCACGAACUACAAAGCCCAGGUGGCUUUGGCUCUUUUUGUCAGCUUGGCCUGUAUCUUUCUCCGAAGUUGACUGUGAGGGUCAGGAGAGGGGGGGGCACAUUGCUUUGCAGAAGAAAAAACAAAAUCUAGAUUCUUUCCAAUUAAAGCUGCCUGCAUCCAGGACCACAAUCUUAGCAUUCCUCAGCAU